AUGGCAGCCGAAGUUCAAUCGCAAGUGUCGAUGAUAGAUCCGUCGCAGCUUCUACGCCCGGAGCCAACCUUUAACGACAAACCAAUAGAUGCUUUCCGCGACUACUCCGUAGACGAAAAUGACCCCAUUAAGGAACGAGUCCGCAAGACCUAUUAUGACAUGCACACCAAUGUUACCGUGGAACUCGUGAAACAAAAACGUGACAAGUGGCUGAAGUUCAAUCACUUCAAGUCAACGGUGAAGGACGCUCUCAUCAAACUGAACGAGCUUGUGGACGAGUCUGAUCCCGAUACAGACUUGCCGAACAUCGUACACGCGUUCCAGACCGCGGAGAGGAUCCGAAGCGAUCAUCCUGAUGAUGACUGGUUCCAGCUGACGGGACUUAUUCAUGACUUAGGAAAGGUCAUGGCGUUUUACGGCGAGCCGCAGUGGUGUGUCGUGGGAGAUACAUUCCCUGUGGGUUGUAAGUGGGCUGAUUCCAUCGUGUACGGACCUGAAAGCUUCAAGAAUAAUCCGGACACAUACAACCCUAAGUACAACACAAAAUAUGGCAUGUAUAAACCCAACUGUGGUUUGGAUAACCUGCUGAUAUCUUGGAGCCAUGAUGAGUAUCUUUAUCAGUUCCUGAAACACAACAAGUCUACUUUGCCUGAAAAGGGUCUGUACAUGAUCAGAUACCAUUCUCUGUACCCCUGGCACGCUGGUGGAGAUUACCGUCAUCUGACUAACGAGAAGGACGAAGAAAUUUUAAAAUGGGUGCUUGAAUUCAACAAAUACGACUUGUACACUAAAAGUGAGAAUGUGCCCGAUAUCGAAGCUCUGUGGCCGUAUUACGAGAAACUUAUUGAGAAAUAUAUUCCCGGAGUCUGUGAAUGGUAA